CUUUCCGACACGUCCUCGAGAUAUGAAGCAGCAGGAGCAGCCAGGACGCGAGAGCCUCUGGGCCCGCGCGACGCACCGCAAGUCGCUCGCGCAGCUGCGCGACGAAGAGAGCCACGAGACGAACGAGCGGUCGCUGCAGCUCUUUGAUCUGAUCAUGAUUGGCAUCGGCGGCACGGUCGGCAGCGGCGUCUUCGCUACCGCCGGCUUGAUUGCGCGCAACUACGCGGGGCCGGCGGCGGUGCUGAGCUGGGUCUUUGCGGGGAUUGGCUGCAUCCUCAGCAGCGGCGCCUUCAUGGAGCUCUCGUGCCUCAUCCCUGCCGAUGGAUCGACAUACGCGUAUACCUACCAUGCGCUCGGCGAGCUCCCGGCUACGAUCGCCGGCUUUCUCUUGACGCUCGAGUAUGGCAUCUCGAGCGCUGGCAACGCGCGUGCGUGGAGUGGCAAGUUUGUUGUCUGGCUCAAACUGCUCUUCAACGUCGACAGCCCGGUGUGGAUGCGUCCUGCGGGGACCUCGAUCGACUUGUACGCGGGUCUUCUCUUGACUGUCUGCGUGCUCAUCGUGCUCGGUGGCAUGAGCCUCGGGAAGCGCCUCAUCAAUGUCAUUACGCUCACCAAGAUUACGGUUGUCCUCUUCAUCAUUGUCGCCGGCUUGACCAAGUUUGAGUACGCCAACGUGACCCCGUUCGUGCCACCGUCAACGACCAACGAGUCGGGUCAAACGGUCUUUGGGUGGCCCGGCGUCAUGCUCGGAGCCAGCGCGAGCUUCUACGGCUACAUCGGCUAUGACGAAGUGUGUUGUUUGGCGGGCGAGGCUGUCAACCCACGCAAGAAUAUUCCGCGCGCCGUCCUCGGCACCGUGCUCGGCGCCGCGACACUCUCGAUUCUAGCGACGCUCUCGAUCGUCGGCAUGCAGCACUACGCGUCCAUUGACGUCGACGAGUCGUUUGGCGAAGCAUUUAAAUCGGUCGGGUACCACUGGGCGUCGCCGAUCGUCGAGACAGGCGAAGUGCUCACGAUGCCCGUGGGCAUUCUCAUUGGCUUUCUCGCUCAGCCGCGCGUGCAGUGCGCCAUGGCCAAAGACGGUCUUAUGCCGGCGGUCUUCAAGCGCCUGGACGUCCAUGGUAACCCGCGCAUGGGCGCGAUCCUCUGCGGUCUCUUCCUCAUCCUACUCACAACGCUCGUCGAGUUUCACGUGCUCUGGAACUUCAUUUCGCUCGGGAUUCUCCUCGCCUUUAACCUGACCAACCUCUCGCUCCUCGUUGUGCGCUACGAGGCGACGCAGAUCGAGUGCGCGUCUCUGCAGCUCAAGCUGCCGUUCGUCCUCAGCGUCUUCUCGCUUGCGUCCUGGCUCGCCGCGUGGCACUGGCAGGAAGCGAUCAUUGCGCCGUCUCGCACCGAGGGCUACGUGUACGAGUACAUGACCGCGGCCGGCCUUGUCGUCGCGUCGUUGUUUACGGGGGUUGCGGCCAGCAUGGUCGUGCUCCUCGCGUGCACCAAGCCCGUGACUAGUCCGCAUAAGGCUACCGACGAGGUCGAAGCGCUCUUUCGCUGCCCCGGUGUACCGCUCGUGCCGUGCGUGGCCAUGUUUUUCAACUGGCUGCUCGUGGCUCAAAUGCCCGUGCUGACUGUCGUCAUGAUGGUGCUCUGGGUUCUCCUCGCCGUCUGUGUCUACCUCGUGUACGGCGCUCGGUAUGCCGGUCGGCCACUCCGCGACGUGACGGUAUAGAUAGCGUUCCUGCGUGACCAACCAUACAAUCUAGGCUACCUCGGACGUAAUACAGCAUUGACCUUCCCACGGGACUUGGCAA